AUGUCAUAUAACGGUAUUGGAUUAUCAACUGCUAGAGGAUCAGGUACAAAUGGUUUUAUUCAAAAAAAUAAUUCAUUUGCUGUUGGUAAAAAUCAUAAUGAAUUAAGUAGUUAUGCUAAAAGACAAAAAAAUAAACAAGAUAAUUUAAAAAGAGAUCAAUUUAUAAAUAUUAAAGAUAAAGAGAUUGUAAAUCAUGAACAGAAAAGAAAAGAGAUUGAUUUAAAAGUUAGUGAAUAUAGAGAUAAAUUAGAAGAUGAUGAAGAAUUGGAUUUAAAUGAUGAUGAAAUUGAUAUAAAAUGUAAAGAAUUUAAAGAUAAAUUAAUUAAAGAAAUUAAUGUUAAGAAAGGUUAUAAAUCAAGAAGUAUAAGAGAAAAAGAAGAUAAGAAACCAAAAGCAAAAGAAGUUGAUUAUUGA